GGCGCCGGGAGACUCGUCCCGCGCUCCAAUGACGUACGGGCGCUAUUCCCAUGAUGCUCUGGGAAGGCGGCCAUUCAAACCGGAGUAAAGGUGAAGGCACCGAAAAUGGCCGCCCCGAUAGCAAAGCAACGGGAAGCCGACCUGCUGGAGGCCGCCGAGACAAGCUUAGAACUCGGCGAGGCCGCCACCGUAUCUGUGACUGUGGCGCUGACGACCCAACCGGCGGCUCCGGCUCCUGGAGGCGCCUUCUCGUUGUCUGUCGUCUUCCCGGGCUCCGUCACCCGCGAGGGAUGUUUCCGUUUCAUCUGCGAGCUUUUAAAGCACGUCCUGUACCAGAGGCAGCAGCUGCCUUUGCCUUACGAGCAGCUCGCCUGCUUCUGCCGGAUGCAGUUGCCGAAGCCGGCUAGCCAGGAAAAAGACAUGGUCAGGAAGGUCUAUCUGAAAGAUCAGGACAACAAAAAGUGCCAGCAAGUGCUGAAUGAUCUUGAAGGUGUUUUCCAGCACUUGGAAAUUAUGUUCAGUUUGACACUGGUCCCACGAGUUCUUAUUUUGCUUGGAGGUACAUCUGUCAGCCCCAAAGAGCUUUAUGAAAUCAACUUACAAGAUAUAUCCAUGAGUGGCACUGAAGAGAGUUUGUCAACCUCAGCCUGUGUUCGCAAGCUAUUCCGUUCUCUUUUCAUGGCAGAUGUGUUCAGUGAGCUUCAGGCUGUUCCCACCAUGAGUGUUAUUGUUAUGGCUCAAGGGCAUCGCGACUGUGGUAUUGACUGGUUCAGACCCAAACUAAACUACAAAGUGCCAACUCGAGGAAGGAAAUUGACUGUUAACUUAUCGUGCAGUCAUGAAAAUAGUACAGCCCUUUCCACUUGCCAAGAAAUAAACUCUGCCUGGGAUGAUUAUAUAUGGUUCCAAGCUCCAGUAAUAAUCAAAGGCUUUAAUUAUUUUUCUUGAUAAAUAUUUUAAGGAAAAGGUCUUAACUAGCUAGGUUAAUCUUCUGUUUGUUCCAUCACAAAGAACAAUUCCCCUGUUUAAAAGUUGUUUUCCUUUCAGAAGUAAUGUUAAACUCUGCAAUACAGAGCUGAAAAAGUACAUGUGUCUAUGAUGACAGAAAGUAUCUCUGGAGAAUGGAUUCAAUGUAUUGCCAAAGCCUUAUGCAACCCAUUAACCUGUAUUCCGUGCUGCAGAUUUUACUAUAAAAGGAUACUUGAAAAUAUCUGUGCCAGUAUAUGCCUGAUUCAAUACUGAAUUUCCAGUGGGAUAUGUGCACCUAUGCAAAUUUGAUGUAUUCUAGUAUUUUUUCCAGAAAUAUGGUGAAAGUUAUAUAAAUUGCUGCUUUUUUUCAAUAGUGAAAAUUGUCUAAAGAUUGAUUGUAUAGUUCAGGGCAGCAUAGUUGCCCUCCCAUUUGGAAGAAUAAUAGCUAUUUAAAGCUGAUAUUUUCUAUAGCGGAUGUAUUAUGACACUUUUAGGUGCAUUCCUAUCUUAAGCAACAAUUCAGAGUAUGGUAGGUGAUAGGUGUGAUUACAAUUAUAUACAUGCUUAUAUAAGAAUGUGUGAAUGAACUCGAGUUUUCAAUUUCAAUAUUCACUUUUGGAAUACUAACCUGCCUCUGAUUUUUAUUAGAGCUUACAUUUUAAAAUUACCCAUUAUGGAAUUAGAAGUUGUGUUCAGUUGUUCCUAUAAAUUCAUUUUAAGAUUGUAAAGUUUGGUUUUUAUUUCCUGUUCAGUUUGGUUUACCAACACUGUCAGAAGUAAUGCAAUGGGUGAAAAAGAAAUCUUUUUCCCCAUUAGCUAUUGCACGUGCUCAGAUUGUAUGAAGACAGAUUAAUAUUGAGCAACCAUAGGAUAAUAGCUAAUCUCAUUUUGAAAGAAGCCCAAUGAAAGAAGAUAGAUGGGGCAAUAUAGUAACUCUGAAAAUGGAUAUGUUUCUUAAUCAGUUAUUCUGAGGCACAGAAAGAUAUAAGGGACUUUUGGAGGCAGUCUUAAAUAUAUUCACACGAGUUAAAUCUGGGGCAGAUGUAGCAAUGGCCAAGCACACUCUGUGGCUGUGGCCUUUAAAUAACAAGCACACUGCUUAAGGUGUUUUAUUAUAUCUACACUAUAAAGGGUUGUCUUCCUUUAUGGCAUUGUGUACUAUACUGUAAGUGGACCAAUCUGAAGAUAUAACUAUUGUAUGUUUGAAUACUUCCUUGCUUAGAGAGAAACAAUACUUCUUUACUUAGAGAGAAAAUAACCAUAUCUAAAAAGUAAAAUUCAACAUUUUGCCAGGUACUAAUCAAUUUGGAUAAAUGUAUAAAAUAAUGUUUAAUAUCUGAUUGUGAAAGUGCUGCUUCAGUGAACUGUAAAAAAAACUGUCCUAUUUCAGUAUGUAUAAUGAAGUAAAUCUGAACAAGAACAACUACUUUGUAGAAACCUUGCUUUAAUGUCAUAUAGUCAUCUUGUAUGACUAUAACAGUCGGCUUCACACAAGAAAAAAAAAAUCUCUUUAAUACUUGGACAGUAACAAUAUUUUGCUAUAAGUGAUUCAAGCUGCUCAGAAACUUGCAAUAUUUGGUUGAUAAAGCAUUUUCUGAAAA